UUUUGACUCUGUUGGCACUACCUGCGCAAUUUAGUAGAAAGAACUAUUGAGCGCCGCUCCCGCGAAGUUCCUUCGCCAGCUUCUCCACUGCUAUGGCAUCUGGUACCGUGGAGCUUGAAGAGCAGCAGGAGAAGCUCCGAAGAGUCGUAGACGAGUGGCGUUGUCGAAGCCACGACCUAUUGAAGAAUCUUUACGAGGAUCCGUAUGGGUCAUCUUCUUUCUCUGAUGCGUAUAGCUCGAAUUCCGCUCCUAUUUGUGUACACGCAGAGCCAUCGGAGCAUUCUGAUAUUUCAACACUAAUUGAAUUGGAGAAUGUUUUAGUUUCCAAGUUUGUGACUGUGCUUUCAUACGAUUGCAUCGAAAUCUCAAAGCUUACUGAAUAUGCCAGAAGAAACAUUUACAGACAGCUGUCUCUGUUUGGUCAUGGAUCUAGUUCACAAGUUCUCUUGGAAGGAGAACCACAGAAGACUUUUGGUCGCUCACUGUCAUUAUUCAUGGAUUUGUCUGAGGUUACGUCUCGGAUGAGUGCUGUGCUUUGCAAUUUACUUCAGCAACUAGAUUCCAUUUAUUCUUUGCAAGACAAGAAUGGCACACCAUGCAAGUCUUUCAAGAAUGCUACAUUUACAACUGCAUUUAGUUCUUUCUCUGAUGGCCUAGCCAUGUUUCUUAUUUUGGAUGAAAUUUUGAUACACAAUGGCCGUAUAAAGAGUUAUUUGUCUCUUUUUGCAAGGAUGUUGAAUAAGAUGAAAUUUGAACCUGAUGAUUUUGGCAUUGCACUUGGGGAUCUAGAUAAUUUAGAUCAAGUGGCCAGUCGCUUAGAGAAGCUUUUGGAUGGUGGUUUUUUCCGGGAGCUUGAGCAAUUCUGCCAUUUUCCCCAGCAUUUAUUGCAGGAGAAUCCUUCAUGGGUUGACGUGUUGCAGAAGGUCAGGCAAAACAGAAAGUUUCUUGAUGCAUGCACCUCUUUCAUUCACAAUGGCUUGUCUGAAAUACUUUCACGAUUAGAUACAUGGAAGGAAUCUCUGUUGGAUCGAAGGAAGAUAUUGUGUCAUACAGCCUUGUUUCUAUUUGAAGUUUAUGCUGCUGCUGAGAUGCCAGAUAAAAGACUGGGAAAGGUCAUAGCACAGAUGCUUCAGGUGGUCCCAGUAAUAUAUUGUGAAGGUGGUGGUAGAUUCAUGCUUUUGGACUUACUAAGAAAUCAAUUUCCUCCUUCACUAUCCUCAUGGUACACUUUGAGGGAUGCUGCUAUGGAAAGUGGUACUACAAAGAACAAUUAUCUAAUACAUCUAAAUGAUAUGCAUUCUAGGGAUUGGCAGCCAAUUAAAGAUGCACUGGCUUGCUGGGUUGUAUCCUUCCAGUCUGUAAUACAUCCAAUGACAGAUCUGUCAAAGGUUGAAGUAUGUCUUAGACUUCAUUUCAAGAAGAUUAUUCAGGGAAUACUCAUUGCCAGUAGAAUGCAAAUGAUGGCCAACUCAAUGCUGGAUCUACAUGCAUUACUUGAGGUUCCUAUCAAAAGGGAGAGACUAAAGUCCCUCUGUCAAAUGGUUGUUUUAAUGAAAGUGGUGGAGAGUGCAUUUCAUAACAAGGAGUUGGACAUCAUCAAAAGUCUUCCUCAUAUUAUAAGUUUUAUCCAGGCAGACAUUGAACAGUUCUUCCUUAGGGCAAAGGAUGAACUAGAGUCAGAAAUUGCCAAGGGAAGUCAAGUUGGCAAGAUGAGGUUUUUGAGCUCUCUCACACGUGGUAGUAAGGAUGUGGAGUCAAGAAUGGCAUAUUCACUUUCCUUGAUUUUGCUAUCACUGCAAAUGCUUCGAGGAGGGGGUAGCAGUAAGAGGCGGCUUAUUCUUUUGGUUGCUCUUGAUUUCCUUGAAAGCAUUGGUUAUCUGGAUAUUGGCUUCUCAAGAAUUAAGAAGCUGAUAUCAAAGUUAGAGAUGGUAGUUGAUUUUCAGAGCAUAGUUAAGGGUGUCACCAAUUGCAGCUUCUUAUACCAGAGAAAAGAAAUGAUAGGAACUUGGUUAUCAAUGGUUUACAUGGAUGUGGACAAAUUCUCGUGGCUGCAGUAUCUUCUUGAUGCAUUCUGUGAUGGAUUGUGGCAUCUCAAACUCGGUCAUGUAGGAGAAUUCACUAUACAUGCACAUGAAAAAGAAAUAGAAAAUGCUGUGAAAUAUGAGAUCAUUGCACCUCUAUGUAGAGAUAUUGAGACUGAUCUACGUCUUCAUGUACACUCCACCCACUUAAAAGGAUCUGUGCAUGUAAACCCGAGAAAGACUGGCGUACAAAAUCUCUCUUGGUACCUGCAGCUGAAACCUUUGCGAAUUCCCUUUAAGAAUAUUGAUAUAAAAUUGCAUGUAGAAACCUAUCUAAAUUCCACCUUUUACAAUCACACAGCCAUGUCAUCUUAUGAUCGGAAGAUAUACUUGGAAAUGAGGCAGUUAGCGAAGCUGAAAUAUAGGCUAGUAUUAGAUGAUAUUCAUUUUGCUGACCAUUGCCUGGGACAUGGUAUUGAGGUGAUUGAAACACUGCAAAAUCUCCAGAAGGUUGCCACAAGCUACUCAUAUAACAUAACUAACCAGGUCCUUAUUGAGAAAGCUUCUGGCUUCCAAGGUCGUACAACCUUGAGAAUUGUUGGUGUGGAACAAGUUGCCUCUUCAUUAGCUACUCAUGGGCUUGUGUCAAUAUUUACUGCUAUAGAAUCUGUGCCCAAAUUUCUAGCUCAGAAGCUUGUGGAUUUAUCUGAGCUUCUUCAAGAUAAUUUUGCCAGUUCCUUUUUAGUAAAAGAAUUCAGAUUCUGGAAGCAUGAAGAAGGAUCAAUAAGAAAUAAUCCUUUCAUACAAGGAGAUCAACAUAACCUGACCAUGGGAAAAUUAUUCUUUGAGGAUCAUGAGCUAAGAUACUUAGAGCAGCUAAGGUACAUCAUCUCUGAAAUGGGUAAUGUAUUAGGGCUAUUGAGGAUCUUGAAAGCAGGAUGUUCCCGCCAUGUCUGCAACAUUUCUCGGUUUAUACAUGGAUCCAACAAUAGUAAGAGCUUCAGAGAAAUCUCUGAGAAACUUGGUUUUAUGGAUGAAACUGUUACAGCUGGAAGGAUAGUAGAUGUAACAUUAGAGAGCAAAUACAGAAUCAAAGAUCAUUUGAAUUGUUUCUCCUCUCUUUUUACAGUGUUCUCAAAGGAAAUCCAAAGCAGUAAGAAUAUCCCUUUUAAGGAUUUUCACCUUAUAGUUCCAGCCCUUGUAAUCAGCUUAGUAGAUUCUAGAGCUAACUGCAAGGAUAAACUUUUGAGGAGGAGUCGUGAUAGAGGAAACCAGAUAGUUAUGGAUGAUGGCUUCAUUAUGGGAGUAGCUUUUCUUUUGAAGGUAACAAUGCAAGAGAAAUCAUUUGAUCAAAUGUAUUGGUUUACUGGUAUGCAUAAAUACUUGAAGGAGGCUUUGCUAUCACUGGAGGAAUAUCAGGAUGCAGAACAGAGAAAGGCAAGCAGAGGAAUUUCUGUUUCAAGGUUGUUGGGUCAGCCUGCUUCAUCCAUAGGAAUAGAAGCCCAAAAGCAGGGCAUUGAUAAACUCAAGAAAUAUCAAAAAGAGGUGGAGUUUAUUCACUCUAGUUUCAAUAUUGCAAGGACAGCCAUAUCUUGAAAUGCUGCAAAUGUUAUAUUCUCGUUCAGUUUCGUAUAUCAUUCAUAAUUUAGUGUACUGAUAGUUGAUGAAGUCUCCCAAUCUAAAAAUCCCAUCCCUUGCACCAAGUAGACUAGUUGUCAACGGAAAGUCUCCAUCAAAUGUAAUGUAAUCCAUCUUUACUUUAUUUUAUUUUUUUUUAGAAAAGGAAUUGCAUCCUACGACUACAGUUUACUUUAACAAUUUGUUAAUUGUUAUUUUCUGUUUCAUUACGUACAAUUCUUGAGUGUCGUUGGAUCUCUUAAUCCAGUACACCAUAGUCGUUAUAUUCA